UGAUUCGUGAAGUAAAUCAUCUCCAAGGAAGAAUUAUCUUCCUGAAAUCCCUCAAAAAUGAGGGUUCUUUCUGCUUUCCUCUUGAUAUUUCUCAUCUCGGAUGUUUGUGGUAGGAAGAAAAAAUGGUUAAAACAUCCCAAUGUUGUUGUUUUUAAGAAAAACGCAGGAAAAGUGAAAGAAAUUCCUACUGAAGAAUUUACAGAAGAAAAGAGUCAUCAUCAUCAUCACCACAAUGGCAAACACAAUGACGCCAGAAAAAGUAUAAAACACCGUCAUCGUCUCAACUUUGGAAAAACAGACGCUCUGCCAUAUUCCUCGCCAUUCAGCAGACCCUAUAACUUUAACAUGUAUACAGAUGGUCCAUUUGGUUGGGGGCCUGCUCGACGCAGAAGAAACAUUGACAGUUACAACACGUUUAAAAGAAGCCUAUACCAACCUAGCUACGGUAACCAACAAUAUCAACAACAAGCGUACCAACCUGCAGCGUACGUGCAGUCUCCACGACAGCCUUACAAUUAUCAGGCAGCACAAAGUCGAGAUACUCUAAGUCAUGCGUCAUCAACAUACCCCCAACAGUCUCUGGCUAAACCUUUACAAAGGAAAGCACCACAAGUACAACAACCACAAGAGAGAACAUGGGUGGAUAAAAUGGGUGUUACGUGGACUACAAGAAAAGUAAAUGACUACAAAUGGGGUGAACGGGAACCUGGGAUAAUGAUGGAUGAGUAUGCAGGAGGACCAUUUGGUUUUGAUGAUGUGAAAAGGAGUCAUAUACAGAGGGCAGAGUGGCAAAGACGAUCAGGCAUUCCUGGAACGAAAAUUAGCCCCAGAAGUUGGGUUGACAAAUUUGGCGUUCGAUGGACGAAUCAGAAGGUGAAUGACUACAAAUGGGGAGAGAGGGAACCUGGUGUGACAAUGGAUGAAUACAACGGAGGGCCAUUUGGGUGGAGUGAUGUCAAAAGAAGUAAAAUAUACUUUCCUAACCGUCCCAGGAAAUAGAGACUGAUCUAUAACUUAUUUUAUAAAUAUGUAUAAACCUUUGAUGGCAUUAUUUUCAAUUACUCUUAAAGAAUCAUAUUUGAAGCAAAUAUUGUUUAUUGCAUGCCUUGAUCUUUAAGGCCUGUAUAAUUGUAUGUUUAUAAUAAAUGAAUUAUUUUUCACAUA